GGAGGGUGCCAGCAUGGCUCUGGAUUUCCUUGCGGGAUGCGUGGGCGGUGCUGCCGGAGUGCUGGUGGGACACCCAUUUGACACUGUUAAGAUGACAGAUAAGCCUCAUCACGGGAGAGUUACCUAGUAAGUAUAGCCCAGGUGAACACUUCUGUUUCUCUCAGUCUUAAUUUAUUCCCAAAUGUAUUAGUUCAAAUAAAGGUCUAAAAGACUUAUGAAGCUUUUUCCCUUUAGUUUUAAACUGAUGUGUCCCUCUUCUACAGCUAUGGCAUGGAGGGAGCGGGGUUUAAAUAUCCCUUUUUUUAUUUUUAAUGUAAAGUCUUACUCUGAAUCUUCUUUCUGGCAUGUAUCUCUGGCUAUACACACUUCCACACACAGUGGCUCUAAAACAGAACCUCAGGCACACUGUUGUGAAGGUUUUACCCACUACAUAUCCUUGGAGGACAUUUUCUUGCUCAAACACUUCUAAAUCACUUACUUUGCACAUUAUUAAAUAUUUGGACUGUUUUGGGGUGUGGUAGUUCAGAGUUUUUUUUAGUCUUGAGUAACUUUAUGCAAGUCUUUAGUGAUGUGAAAUUACAGUGUGUUUACUAUUUGACCUAAAACCCUAGUAACAGUAGCUUUAAAUAAAAAGGAAGCAAGAAUAUUGUGCAACAAAUACAAUAGAGGGUUAAACUUUGCACAAGUCAUUCUUCCCAUAGUUGUACAUGCUAAGAAAGAGCUUGCCUAAUAUGGCAUUAAUAUCCAUAAAGUUUCAUACACAUGCAUUGCCUGACCAGGCAGGUUGCUAGUGGGGGUAUCCCUAUGUGGUCAUCCCUUGCUCAAAUAAGAGAUCUGUCUUUUGUUCCUAGACCUGGAGUGCCAGUACUUAACUUUCUAAAUAUUUUAUUCCACAACAAAGCCUAAUUGGUCAAUACUUGACAAAUUAUUUAGACAAAAAUAGCGGUAGCUGUAUGCCACUAGGGAAUACAACCUAUAUAGAAUAUGACUAACUCUGAACUACUGAAGACAAGCAUAUAGAGAAGUCAAAGUAAGAAUUCUACAAUUCUCCCAUGCCCAUACAUGUGGAAGCCCCCUGACUUCACAGCUAGGGUUUGAAAUAUUAGCAAUAAACAGUAAAUAGAAUAAACCCUUCAUUUUGUGCAAUUCUGACACCUUGUUAAGGUUUAUGUUGCUUGUGGGUCUGCUGCUUGAGCAGUUUUAACAAUCUGCCUGCCCUCCAAACAUCACUUUGAGUAACAAAGGAAUUAUUUUCUUGGAAUCCCACCACAAGACUAUUUUUAACUCUGAGAAGUUUUAAAUUGCUGUUCCAUCUUGGAAGACCUGAGGUGAUCUCAGCCUCCCAGUACAGCUAGCAUACUCAAAAAACCACAGAGAACUAAAGUUUUGAUUUACAAAGCAUAAAAUGACAUGUUGUAGAAUAGAACAAAUACUGAAACUGUAAGUAAUUUAUUCUUUGCCUUAAAGAAAGCUAACCUGUAUAUAGAAUUCUGACAAACCAUGUCCCAGAUCCUUUUCUAGACCCACAUCAUCUUACAGGUCUUUCACUGUUGUGCUGAUGUGUUUAUCACUCUUUGCCUAAAGUAAUAAUAAAUAUUUUAAAGUCAGGAAUCUUUCACACAGACCUGAUAAUAUUUUCUUUUGUUCACAGUAAGAGUCUUGAGGUUUUUUGCCCUGGAGUUGCAGCAGCAGCAUUAAAUGGUUGAUAAGCAUCUUCUCUGAGAAAUGUUGCAGCCCUCCAUGCUGGAGAUCAAAGACAGAUUUUUAACUUCCCCAAUCCAGUGAAACCAAUUUACUGAGUUUAUUGCAGCAUACAGGUUUCUGUGAACUAGGUAGUCUUGAGGCUUUUUUUUGUUUUAAGUGUGCUGAGGAUAAAUUAGCAGGAAAACACAGAAUUGGACAUUCCCAUUAAAGGUUAAAACACACCUAGGAAAAAGGCCAGUUACAGUAGCAGCUACCUGUCCGGCAGAACAUACCUCUUCAGUUAGUUGGUUACUAACAUUAAAGGUUUGAAACAGCCACACCCUCACAAAUUGUGUUCAGCAGAUUAAAAAAAAAUAGACUAAAAUUGAAACGGACAAGUGGCUUUUUAUUCCUUUCUUUAUGCAAAGUAAGACAUCUUAAGAGUCACUUCCCAGCUACCCUCUGCAAAAAAUCAUAUCUCAGUGAAGGGUACCACGUCUGGUAGCCAGAAACACCGUGGGUGGCGUUGUUGAAAGUUUCCAUCCUUUUCAAAAUUAUCCUUAUUUCAUGCUUGACUUGUAAAUAUAUUUUUAUAAAAUUCUGUCAUGUUUGUGCAGAUACUUGCUAGUGUGAACAGAAGUAUUCUUGGCAGCUAAGAAAGUACUUGUUGUAGCCAGUACUGGAAAACUUCAAUCUAAAAAUCUAGGUAACAGUGUACCCUACUGUACUUCCACAUACUGUUUUUCUAAUAUUCACAAGAAGUUAACAAUCCUCCUCCCUUCAUGUUUUCACCCCCAAAAGUUAUCUUUAAACAACUUAGAGUUAUUUUGAGAUUAUUUUGUCACAUAUGGCAUUCCAGUCUACAGGCUGUGCUUUUGCAUAUACAUUACUAUAGCAAAUCUCCAUAGAUGUACAAGACACUAACUUACCAAUUAGGCUGUUCUUGACAUGCAAAUCAGUAUCUCAUACAACUUUUUAUAGGUUCGUCUACAAGUUCAAAAUGUAGAGAAACCUCUCUACCGUGGGACCUUCCAUUGCUUUCAGUCCAUCAUCAAGCAAGAAUCUGCUUUCGGACUCUAUAAAGGUAUUGGGUCACCAAUGAUGGGACUUACCUUCAUUAAUGCGCUUGUGUUCGGCGUACAAGGAAACACACUUCGUGCUCUUGGAAAAGACACUCCUCUAAACCAGUUCCUUGCAGGGUCAGCAGCAGGGGCAAUCCAGUGCAUCAUCUGCUGUCCCAUGGAAUUAGCAAAGACAAGAAUGCAGCUUCAAGGAACAGGUGAAUACAAACUAAAAAUGAAGAACUACAAAAAUUCUCUGGAUUGUUUGAUCAAAAUCUAUCGAAAGGAAGGGCUGAGGGGUAUCAACAGGGGCAUGGUCUCUACGUUCAUAAGAGAGACUCCAAGCUUUGGCUUUUACUUCCUGACCUAUGACUGCAUGACCAGGUAUUUAGGCUGUGAAGCUGAAGACAGUUACGUUAUUCCCAAACUGCUGUUUUCGGGGGGGAUGUCAGGAAUUGUGUCCUGGCUCUCCACCUAUCCUGUGGAUGUGAUCAAAUCCCGGCUUCAGGCUGACGGAGUUGGAGGCGUUACACAAUACAAUGGCAUUUGGGACUGUGUGCGAAAGAGUUACCAUGAAGAAGGCUGGAGGGUGUUCACAAGAGGUCUUACUUCCACACUUCUCCGUGCUUUUCCUGUCAACGCAGCUACCUUUGCUACUGUCACUGUGUUCCUAAUGUAUAUGAAGUCAGAAGACAACCUUCGUGAAUGUGAACCAGGUCCAGUAAUCCAGCAGCCUUCCAGUCUGUGAACAUUAUGUUUGUUGUCCUGAUCCAAAGCCUGUCUGGUUGGGCGUUUUCAAACGUAAACACCUGACCUGCACAAGUGGUGCAAAUAUAUGCUAUCUGUAUAAAGAAUUCCUAAAUGUGUCAAAUUAGGAUUUCAUCUCAUUACUUGUAUGAACAGUAUAUUGCCUUAUUAAGGACUUCAUAUCUAGUAGUAUCCAAGUAAGAUGGGGACCUGCCUUUAGAAAGUACUGUACAGUUACUGUUGUGGCUCCAGAAGAGGAUCUGGAGAAUGUCGUACCAGAAAUCAGGUUUUCUUCCACUCAUGUUCUGAAUGACUGAGUUGAGUCAAAUGCAGAAGUGCUUUCAGAAAAUAUUUCUUUUUGUAUGUAACAGGAGUUAGUAUAGUCCUCCAAGGUGAAGUAGGGGAAAGAAAUUGAAUGUUGGAGGCAUUUUGCAGGUAACCCUGAACUGUUUAAGACAUGGACUAGCAUUCAGCUAGCCAUGUGAUUUUCUUUUCCUCUGCUUUUGUACGUCAGUGGUUUUAGUAGCAACUUUGUUUAUACUGGUUUGCUGGGGGGGG